AUGUUAUCGAAACUUAUGCACGAGCAUAGUCAAAAUUGGAAUGAGUAUUUGUAUCAAAUACAGUUCGCUGUAAAUAAUACGUUUGUUAGAUCGAUACAGAAUACACCUAGUAAAUUGUUAUUUGGUAUUGAUCAAAUAGGAGAGCCAACAGAUUAUGUUAGAUUAUACUUACAAGCGCUUAAUGAAUCUGAAAAUGAUCAACGUAAUUUUGAUAAAAUUAGGCAGAAUGCUCAGGAAAACAUACGUGUAGGACAACUAAAUAAUAAAGCUUACUAUGAUUCGACUAAACGACCGGCCACGCAGUAUUCUGUUGGCGAAUAUAUCAUGAUUAAAAAUGUUGAUACUACACCGAAUAUUUGCAAAAAAUUAUUGCCUAAAUUCAAAGGUCCAUAUAAAAUAGAUAAAGUCCUCCCUCAUGACCGAUAUAUUGUUUCUGAUAUUGAAGGGCACCAGGUAACCCAAAUACCUCUGAAUACAGUUGUCGCUGCGAGAGACAUUAAACAUUGGGUUAAACAGUAUUAA